UGAACCCAGUGUUGCUACGGACUUCCGGUUCAUUUUUUCUGAAAAUAUUCUGCGUGCCACUGUCUUUCUUACCUGCAUAUUGCAGUCAAACACUUAAAAUAAGAAACAUUAGGAAACGAGAGGAAACACAUUUUGGUUUCAGAAUUCCAUAAAUUUGCGUAGAAAUAAUGUCAUAAGCCGAUAAGGGGAAGAAAGAUUGAACUUCUUCCAUCUGCAGUGUCAGAGACUUAACAUACGAUUGUAGUUUUUCACUGAUGUUGAUCAUGUUAUGUCAUAAAUAUCUCUGAAUUGUGACUGAAACUUACUGACUUUUGAUUUAUAAAACCAUUCAAACUUAUGUUCCUGUGAUUAAAAAUGCCUUGACUCUGAUCUGAUUAUGUCGUCUGUUGCUAAACUAUACCACAGAUUGUCUGAGGAAGACAGGAGAUCAUGCUGGGUGUGUUUUGCUACAGAUGAAGAUGACAUGGAGGCAGGUUGGGUCCAGCCAUGUAUGUGCAAAGGAACAACAAAAUGGGUCCACCAAUACUGUCUUCAGAGAUGGAUAGAUGAGAAGCAAAAGGGAAACAGUACUGCCAAAGUAGCUUGUCCACAGUGUAAUAUGGAAUAUAUCAUUAUAUUCCCUAAAGUUGGCCCUGUUGUAUAUAUAUUAGAGAAAUGUGAUAAAAUAGCUAACAUGAUUUGCCCAUUCCUGGCUGGUAGUGUUAUUGUUGGUUCUUUAUGGUGGACAGCUGUUACUUAUGGUGCCAUAACAGUCAUGCAGGUGUUAGGUAGCGAAGAAGGGGUACAUGUCAUGCAGGUGGCUGAUCCACUUUUUCUCCUGAUUACAUUGCCAACUAUUCCCAUAAUGAUGAUUCUGUGUAAAAUGGUACGAUGGGAAGACUAUGUACUGCGAUUGUGGAGAAAACAUUCUGCCAAACUUCCAUUUUAUACUAACUUGUUUCCUGAUGCGUUUAGAAAUUCCAGAAUACCUGCAGAAACAGCUCCUUUGUCUGACCCUAUUUCUAUUCUUCGAGUGAUGUGUGGUGCUCUGAUCAUGCCAACUAUUGCUACUAUUGCAGGCAAAGUCAUGUUUGGAACUGUCAGAUCUAACUUUCAAAGAACUCUGUUGGGUGGUAUUGGAUUCAUAGCAAUCAAAGGUGUACUAAAGAUUUACUACAAACAACAGCAGUAUUUACGUCAAGCUAACCGAGUUAUAAUGGACUAUAAACCACCAGAUCGUAUACCCUCACCUCCAUAAUGUCAUAUCAAUAGAACUUUGUAUCUAAAUCUUAUGUAUAUAAAUGAACCAUUUGAACUUGAGGGAAGUGUUAUAAUAAGUCACAAAUGUCUGUGUUUUUAUUUCUUUCACUUUAGUUUUCAUUGGGAAAUAUAGAUAUAUGUUCAUUUCUACUCAGAUUUUUAUCAUUGAAAAAGUGAUAUAAGAGACAUUUGCUUCACUUAGAAUUCUUAGAUAAAGCAAACUUGAAUCAGUUGCUAUUAAAUACACCAUAUCGCUAUUAAGUCCAUUCCUGAAAAAAAAAAUAUUCAUUAAGACAACUUCCUGUUUGGGUCAAGUAUGGCAACAACAACAAUCAGUACAAUGAAAAGGUUUAGCAAGUGAACAUUUUAAAAUUUUGAUACUUUUAAUGCUUCAAUUUUUGUCAAAAGCUGGACAUAGGGAUAGUGAUCCGGUGGCUGUGGCGGCAACUUUAGCUAACUUCUUGAAAGCUUAAUAUUUAGAAGGUGGAAGACCUGGAUGCUUCAUACUUUGUAUGUGGAUGCCUCAUGUUACGAAGUUUUCCCCAGUCACAUGUCCAAUGUCCUUGACCUCAUUUUCAUGGUUCAGUGACUACUUGAAAAAAAAGUUAAAAUUUUUUGUAAUGUUAAAUUUAAGAAAUAAUUCAUGGGGGCUUGAAUAUAUCGUGAUUUUACCACGGGUUGGCCCUUUAUGACAAAUAUUUUACCCUGAGCGAUAGCGAGGGGUAAAAUAUCGGCAUAAAAGGACAACCCGUGGUAAAAUUUAGAUAUAUUCAAGCCCCCAUGAAUUAUUUCGAUUCUAAUAGGUCAAAUACGGCAAUUCUUUUGGAUCGAAGCGCUCUAGGUGGAGGCAAAUAUUUGCCAUUCCCAUAAAUAAACGCACUAUCAAAUUGGCGUCAAAGAACGGAGCAAACUGAAUUAGUGACAUGCUUAAACUAUUUAAAAUAAUGCAUAUAGAUAGUUUUGAAUUAUUUUAAAUGAUAAUUUACUUAUAUGUCUUAAAUGUUUAAACAAAUAUGGCUUAUAACACAUUUUAGCAUUGUUUGUUUACGUUGCCAUGUUGUGAUGAUUUUCGGUUUUUCAAGCGUGUAUUUUCCCGUAAAAUGCUCAUAUUCUAACGUCAUCGUAUUAUGACGUCGCGAAACUCAUUCAUAAAAAAACAUAUGACGUGGGAGUACGAUCGGAACAGCCCAUGCAAUAUAUUCAAAUUUUACCACGGGUGUGUACUCAAAGCGUUUGAAGGACGUCAUAUUAGAAUCUCUCUUAUUAUAAGUACAUGUAAUAGGAUAACUAUAUUUGGUAUGUGCGUACCUUGUAAGGUCCUCAUGCCCAUCUGACAGUUUUCACUUGAAAGUGACCUCGACCUCACUUCAUGGCUCAGUGAACAAGGUUAUGUUUUGGUGGUCAAGUCCAUAUCUCAGAUACUAUAAGCAAUACACCUUAUCGCUAUUUAUCCGCCAUUGCUGGAUUUCACACAGGUUCCCGUAAAAUGUUGACGUCAUAAAUCAAAAUAUCUGACGCCACAAUGGAAAAGUGAUUGUUGUUGACGUCAAAAGUUCAAGCGGCAGGGUCAGCCGGGAAUAGCGAUAAGGUGUACACCUUACAAUCAUUCCAUACACCAAAUAUAGUAGAUCUAUUGCAUACAGUAUAAGAAAAACAGACCAAAACACAAAAACUUAACUGGUCAGAUGAACACCUUACAGUGCUUCCAUACACCGAAUCUAGUAUAUUCGGUGUAUGGAAGCACUGUAAGGUGUUCAUCUGACCAGUUAAGUUUUUGUGUUUUGGUCUGUUUUUCUUAUACUGUAUGCAAUAGAUCUACUAUAUUUGGUGUAUGGAAUGAUUGUAAGGUGUACAUGUACAAAUUCAGAGCUGUAUCAAUCUUGAAUGUUGUGUCCAUACUUGCCCAAACUGUUCAGGGUUCGACUUCUGAGGUUGUAUAAAGCUCCACCCUGACGUGCUCCUGGUUGUGUUUUAGUCUGGUUUUUUUAAACUUUAAGCAAAAGGUCAACUAAAUUUGUUGUAUGGAAGAAUUGUUAGCUGUACAUACCUGCCUGGCAUGGUUCAUCUGACCUUGACAUCAUUUUUAUGGUUCAAAGGUCAAUGUUUAGUUUUCUUGGUUUAUGUUAAUUUAUGUGAUAGUUGUUAUAUAGCUUUAUAUUUAGGACUAUCAAUAUAAUAUCAAUGAUUAGUAAAGAAGGCGAGACAUUUCAGUGUGUGCACUCUUGUUUAAAAACAAACUAAAGUUUUAAAAAUACUUUGUUUUAUGUGUUUUACUGUUAAACUAGUUUCUUUGAAUAUUUUUGUGCACAAAAUAUUGUUGAAAAACACAAAUUCUUAAUCCAUGAAACAAAAGAUAUCGCCAUGCAUUAAAUAAACUCUUUAUAUGUCUACUUAAAAUAUGACAAAGUCAAGAUACACAAAUGUUUACUUCAAAUAUGAAGAAACACUAGGCUGUUAUACAGCAUACAAACAAAAUAUAACGAUGUUUGUUAAUUAUUUAACAUUGUCAAGAUUGGUCACAGUCUUUGAACCAUUCUACCAAUGUUUCACUGCCACUAUAUUAGGUUGUUAAAAAGUAUUGAGGUUAGAAAUUUCAAUAGAUUGCUUAUAAACAAAUUUGUGUACCAUUCUCGCUCUGUGUUUAUGGUGUCAUACUAUGCAGAUAACUACCAGAGUUUUGGGAAGGAGUUUUGUAUUCAUUGAUGCAAACAAUGAAAAGAAAAAGAAUGUUUCUGGUAAAAUAAUCUUAACCUUAAUUCUAAUUGUCACAAAUUAUAACAUUAGUGUCAUUUCAAUUUUUAUUCCACCCCUUUGCGAUUUACCCGACGCUGACUAUUAGAAAUUUUGAAAUGACAGUAGUUCCACUGUAUCAAAAUAUUUCUUAAUUUAUUGGCAACAAUUCUUAUAUUUCUCUAUUGUUACACACGGACUGUGGUAUGAAUAUUCCACAACUUUGCAAUGAAAAGUAUUGUUUAAAUAUGUAUAUAUUUUUGAUUUUUCUAAAAUAAGGAGCAUAUCUACAGCGGAUAAGUGAUGAUAUUACCAAUUCAGAAUUUUAAUAAGCUUUCAAAUGCAUUAUGUAUGGCUGUAUUCCUUUUCAGUUUUGCUUUGUUAUAUUUGAAAACAAUUUGGUACAUUUACAUGUUGUUUUCUGAUUAUUUAGAUUAGUCAUUGCAAUGCAAAGAAUAUCCAAAGAAACCUUUUAUUGACUUUUCUGAUGUAUAUGUAUUAUAUAUAUAUACUUUUCCUCUCAAUUAUAAUAUAUAUAUAUUUAUUUAUAUAUGAAAAAGAGAUAAAGGUUGAUUGUCAUUGAAAUGAUUUGUUAUGCAAAUAUCAUUAAUAAAUGUUCUUUUUCUCACAGAUUUUGAUGGCACAAUGUUCUUUACUCAAUAUGAUGCAUGUACUAAAUUCAAAACAACCUUUUGUCACUGGUGAUUCUUAAAUUGAUGACUUCUAUAAUAAAGUUUUCAUUGCCAA